AUGGAUUCUUUAGAAAAUUUAAAUAUCAAAAAAGAGUUUAUGAAAUUUCGUUUGACGCAAAUCCAUAGCUUUUGUAAAAGAAUAAGAGAAAAUGAGAGUAGCAAGUUAGAUAUAUCAGAGCUUAAACAAAUAUUAGAAAUACUAAAACCUUCUUUGGAUACUUUUCAAAAAUUAUUAAUUCAAAUUGCAAAUCAUUUUGAUGACGAAGAGUACAUUGACUUUUUGAUAGAUACAGAAUUUUACGAUUUCAAUGAUACUUAUACUAAAUGCUGUGUAAUUUUACGUACAACUAUUAAAACAUUUAAAACAGAUCCUAGCUCAAAUAGUGGCAUUGGUGACAAAUCAUAUCAAACAAACAAUAAUAAAUUUGCUGUAAUUAAUUUACCUCAUUUCGACGGUACAGAUAUUAACUGGUUACAGUUCUAUAAUUCAUUCUAUUCAAUUCAUAUUGACCCAAAUAUUAGCAAUUCUCAAAAAUAUUCUUACCUAAAAUCUUGCUUGAAAGGCGAAGCAGGUAACAUAAUCGAAUCUCUACCUGCUACCGCGGACAACUAUAUAAAUGUUGGAAAAUUGCUAAAAUCGCGGUACGAAAGUAAAACUAUUAUAGUAAACAAUCAUACAAAAACAUUAAACAACUAUAUUUCGAUUCCAUCCGAAUCAAUAACUUUCAAUGAAUCUAAUAAUAAUAAAUCUAAAAACGUUGCGCAUCUUGAAACUAUAAACGUUUUUAAAUCACAUACGGUAAAAAGAGGAACUACCUCGGUACUGUUAUUAGAUUCUAAUAAUCAAAUAACAAAACAAUUAACAAAUGAGAAUAUUACUCAAUAUCCAAAAAGCAAUGUUAUUAAAAACGUCUUAUGUAAUCAUAACUUAUCAACUAAAGCUAAUACAACAGAAGAACUAGUUUUAAAUAAACAAAAUCUAACAAUAAACUUAAAUCAAGCUGAUUAUAACGCUGAACAUCUUGAACCUAAAAAAGACAAUAAAUCAAAUACGGUAAUAAGAGACACUACCUCAUUACAAUUAUUAGAAUUAAAUAAUCAGAAUCCAUGUCUCAAUAUCGGCAAAUGA